GGCAGGAGCCCCCUAUAAAUCAGCCCACACUGGCAGCCCUGCUAGCAGAGCUGUCGGGUCAGCUGUGAAGGAAGCUUCAUCGCCAUGAACUUCUCCGGCAAGUACCAAGUGCAGAGCCAUGAAAACUUUGAGGCCUUCAUGAAGGCAGUUGGUAUGCCCGAUGACCUCAUCCAGAAGGGGAAGGACAUCAAGGGAAUGUCAGAAAUCGUGCACAACGGGAACCACUUCAAGUUCACCAUCACCGCCGGCUCCAAAGUGAUCCAGAACGAGUUCACCUUGGGGGAGGAGUGUGAGAUGGAGUUCAUGACUGGGGAGAAGGUUAAGGCCGUGGUUCAGCUGGAAGGUGAGAAUAAACUGGUGACAACUCUCAAAGGCAUCAAGUCUGUGACUGAAUUCAACGGCGAUACCGUCAUCAGCACCAUGACACUGGGCGACAUUGUCUACAAGAGAAUCAGCAAGAGAGUUUAGACAAGUCUGCAUUUCAUGUUCUUUUACUAUAUACAAUUAAUGUAAUAAAGUGAACUUUGUUUUAA